GACCAAUUGCUUGGCUUGGCAAAACUGGUUGCAAACGCUACCGCUGGCCUGGUUGUAAAAGCGAAGCAUCUGGCUACCCAGACUGCGGACGACCACGAGACUCAGCAACGUAUCAUUAUCGCUGCCACGCAGACCGGCCUUAAUACCAGUCAAUUGGUCGCCUGCACCAAGCUUCUUUCACGCCCUCCGAUAUAA